AUGCCGCGAAUUCAGCCGUCCUUAGUACGGCAUGCUAAACGCCUCUCGCCACACCUCGCAAGCCUUCUCCCGGCCUGCCGAGACCUAGAAUCCGCCCGACAUGAGUUGCGAUGGAUAAAGAGUCAUGUCGACAAGACGUGGGUGCAUCGAAAAGCAUGGCAUUUGGAGCAGCUAUGUCACAAGAGGGGUCACGGUGUUCCUCUGCAAUACGUCCUUGGCUCACAGCCUUUCGGCUCUCUAGACAUCAAAUGUGCACCUGGUGUCUUGAUACCCAGGCCUGAAACCGAAGCAUACACAUUUCACCUGGCAGAUCUCAUCAAGUCGGGUGAACUGCUUGGCAAAGAAUGGAAGAAGGACGGGCAGGGCCUUAACUUGAUCGAUUUCUGCUCGGGAACUGGUUGCAUCCCGCUCGGCUUGUUCUCGUCUCUUCAACGCUCAGUUGCACAUUUGCGUGUAAGAGGCAGAGAUAUUUCACCGGUAGCCUUGAAGCUUGCAAAUGAGAACAUUGCUCGCAACAUGAGGCUUGGUUGCCUAUCCCAGCCGAAUGACAAGCAAACCCUCGAAAUUGCGAGGGGGGACGUCUUUAGCGAUAGUGAUAUGCAACAGCUUGCUGAUACUCGCUGGGAUGUUCUUAUCUCCAACCCGCCAUACAUCUCAAACGAUGUCUGGAACCACGGCCGCGGACAGCUUGGAUUAUCGGUCCGCAAGUAUGAGCCACGCCUUGCUUUGGUUCCUGACAGCAACCUCCCUUGCCCGGCGGAGUGCGAUCCAGCCGAUGUCUUCUACUCUCGGCUUUUGGACAUUGGUGUCCUCUUAAAGCCGAAGGUGAUGCUUUUGGAAAUUGGCGAUGAGAACCAGGCCCGUCGCGUCCUGCAGCUUUACUUUGCCCAUUCGACCGCCAAGAAUUCCCGAGCCGAAAUUUGGCGAGACUGGCCGGAUUUAGAGACUUCGGAGGAACUGAGCUCUUUUGUGGAUGUCAAAAUAUCAGAGGGAGAUACUCGGCGGGUUCAAGUGAAAGGAGAUGGUCUCAUUCGAUCCAUCCUAAUCAAGAGUUUAGAUGGAGAAUAA